AUGUCAUUCGUCCAAACAGCUCGAAGAAAACAACCAAGAGUUCAUCGAACAAACUCGAUCGUCUCGUCCAAGACCAGUCGAGGAAUAGGAAGAGCGAGAGAGAGACCAUGGCAAAGUCACUGGGACCAACAGGGGAGUUCUUCAGGAGGAGGGACGAGUGGCGGAAGCACCCGAUGCUCACUAACCAGCUCCGCCACGCCACGCCUGGCCUCGGCAUCGCCGUCGUCGCCUUCGGUAUCUACCUCGUCGGCGAAGCCGCCUACAACAAGAUCUACGCUCCUUCUCACUCUCACCACUCUUCGUCUUCUUCUGCUUCUCACUCUCACUGAGAAUGUCCAUCGACGUUUGUCAGGUGAAUGCUUGAUGUAA